GUGGCUGCAGUCGGGAUUACGUGUUUAACCCGCGAUCGACAAGUCGAGAGUCGGACUCUUCCGUUUCACCUGCUUUAUGGUCACAAACUCUGGAUCGACCUGAGUGAGGGGCAUCUCUCAGGACCGAGCGCGUCUGGAGUCAUCAGCUGAGAAUGAGUGAGAAGGCAGCUGGGACACAAACGCUCAGCGAACUGGUCGGCGCGCAGAUGAAAGAGGAUGAGGACGAGGAUGAAGAGGGGCAAGAGACAGAGGACGGCGAGCCCAAACUGUGUGCGGUGUGUGGCGACCUGGCCAAGGGUUACCACUUCAACGCCCUGACAUGUGAAGGCUGCAAAGGCUUCUUCAGACUAAGACGUUCCAUAAAGAGGUCAUCACAGCUCCACUGCUCGUUCCGGAACAAAUGCAUCAUAACGAAAAACAACCGGCGGUCRUGUCAAGCCUGUCGCUUACAGAAGUGCCAGGCCAUCGGCAUGCGCAAAGACAUGGUCAUGUCUGAGGAGGACGUCUUGAAGAGGAGAAUCAGGAUAAAGAAGAGAAAGAUGCACAAAGAAGUCGCGCAGCUUUCAUCCCAACAAGAAAAGAUCAUCCAGGAGCUUCUCUCCAACCACCGCAGCACGUUUGACUCAGCGUUUUCCCGCUUCACUGGCUUCAGGCCCAUGGACAGAGAGGUCCUGACAGAGCCCGAGCACAGCCGGUCGGAUCCCCAGCCGAGCUGCCCGACAAAGACCUGCGCCUCACAUGACCCCGCAUCGUCCUCGCACGUCUGCUCCGUCGCGUCCUCGUCCUCGGCUUGCUUCUCCGGCUCCGCUGCCAAACAAGAGGCGUGCCGAAGUGACAGAAACCCCUCCAUUUACACGGCUCUGCCUCACAUGGCCGACCUCACAACCUACAUGAUCCACGACAUCAUCCGGUUUUCCAAGAGUCUUCAGAACUUCAGGUCCCUAACCAUCGAGGACCAGAUCUCGCUGCUGAAGGGCGCCACAUUUGAAAUAAUGCAGAUCCGCUUCAACAUGGUGUUCAACGUAGCAACGAGCAACUGGGACUGUGGCCACAUUUCUUACUGCAUCCAUGAUGCUGUGCGAGCCGGUUUCCAGCCCCUCCUGCUUGAUCCAAUGUUCAAGUUUCACCACGCGCUACGCAAACUGGAUCUGCAGGAGGAAGAGUACGCUCUCAUACAGGCCAUGUCCUUGUUUUCUCCAGAUCGUCCAGGAGUGAAGCAACACGGUGCGAUCGACAGAGUCCACGAAGACUUGGCGCUCACACUCAAAGCGUGGAUCGACUGCAAGAGGACGGGCGCCAAAAAGCAUCUGCUGUACCCCAAAGUGAUAUCCUGCCUGACGGAGCUGAGGACAAUGACAGAGGAGUACAGCAAGCAGGUUCUGCAGAUCCAGGACGUCCAGCCUGACACAAUCCAUCCUCUCAUAAUGGAGGUGGUCAGCAAAACCUCCUGUAAUAACGUUUAAAGUGGGCCUACUCUGCCUCAAGCACUCUGAGAUCUCUGCUGUUCACAAUAGACCUGAACGUGAAUGUGACCACUGCCAAAUGAAGCUAAGUCAUGAUGAAAUCCAAUUACUUCUUUUUACAAACCUAUGCAGUGGCUUUAGUUUUUGUUGCUUUACAGCAGUGAGAUCGUUUUGCUGCUUUGUAUUAAAUGUUGUGAGCUUUGAUGUUUACUGCAAAGAAUUGUAAGACUGCAAAGUAAAGAUUCACUCAGGAAGUGUAGGGAAGCUUGGCUGCCAAGUGUUUCUAACAUUUUUUUAAAAUUGUUACCUCAGUGCUAAAGCAUUUUUAUGUGUCUGUGUUUAUUGUAAAUAAGUGAAUAAAGGUGCGUUUCAAAUUGA